UGAAAGAUAAAAUACAGGUGUGUAAUCAUACCUUGAACAUUGGCCUACCUGGGAGUUAAGUUACACUUUAUAAAGAAAUAUAUGGUAAAAUUGAGUCAUAUUCUAAAACAAAAAAGUGCAUGAUGUGAAAUUAACAUCCUAAAACAUGGGAAUAGAUGAAAAGGCCGAACAGAUCUAUCGGAUCAAAAGGUUUUUGGACGGUAUAUUUGGAAUAGGAGGAUCAAAGAACGUCUCGACAACACUAGUCUCAACAACAACAGUUGUGCCUACGAUUCCGGCAUCCAACGAAACCAGCCUAGACAACGAAUUAACCAAUGAUGAGUUUACUGUAGAAUCUGAAGCAGGCGCUAUUGCCGGACUUGUAUUUGGUUUACUGAUAGCCGUUGGAAUGGUUGUACUGGCUUUAGUCAUGAUAAAGAGAAAAAGAGACAACAACAGAGAAUAUCAAAAUCAAUUAAGAACCCAAAGAUCAACCAAACAUAACGCCGGUGUAUACAUGGACACUACGACGGAGGACCUUGUACCGGCACCUCGCAUUGUCAAAGGGACAACAGCUUACGCUGCUCUCAGUCGGAAGGAUAGGGACCUUUAUGAAUACGAGUCAGAUGACGAAAUCUAAUACUCACGAACUGUAAUCUGUAACGCUUUUUGUAGUGAAUUAAAUUGAAUGAGAUAAUGAAAUCUUAUUCUCAUGAAAGCUUUUUGCGAUGAAUUAAAACUGUUUAGAUAAAUAUUACAGAAUAAAAUUGAGAAUGGAAAUGGGGAAUGUGUCAAAGAGACAAUAACCCGACCAUAUAAAAA